CGCAUCCUCUCUACGUGCUCCCUCAGUUCUAGCGUGCGUGCGCGCCCCCUCGGCCGUCGCGUGGUGAUCUUCCAUAUUGCUACUCCGGCCGUAGAGGAGAUCACUCAGUGUGCAAGAUUAAACAAUUUUUAAGAAAGGGGAGUACUACGAGGUUGCUUUUUAUGUUUUAAUAUAAACUCGCAGCUUUGCGUGUUACGCUGAAGUGUGCUUAGUCCAGGGGUGGAGUGGGAAGAAGCGGAAAAGUAGUCGUGUCGCCGGACAGAACGCGUUUUUUUGUUUGCCUAGCGCGGUCGAGCUGUUUGGGGGUGACGAGCGUAGCUCGCGCUGAGCCAGCGAGACCGCCAGCGGUCCCAGGAGAAACGGGGGGAGAAAUGGCCACUCAGGUGGAGACGGUGCUGCCCGGGGGCGCUCUGGUCAAGCAGGAGGAGCGCGGCCACACGAGCAAGAGGAGGAACGGCCAAGGAGACGGCGGCAGUGUGGAGAAAGGGGCAAAGGCGACGGCUGCGGGGGCCGAGGGGGCGGCUGUGGGAGAGGGCUCGCACCGGGGAGGCUCCCCCUCAAAGGCGGAGAAGGACGAGAGCAGCGGCCGGGGGAAGGAGGAGGCCGACAAGGAGCCCGGCGCCCGGGGCGACGGGGACGUCAAAUGCGACAAGAAGGAGGUGACCGUGACGGCGGCUCCCCCACCCAAGGUGAACCCGUGGACGCGGAACGUGAGCGCAGGGGCGGCGGUGGUCAGUGUGAACGGCCAGGCGGCGCACGAGCUGUCAAUGCCAGCAAAGGUAGUGAGAGCAGGAAACCCUCGGCCACGGAGAGGAGGAAAGGCGGGAGACUUUGUGGAUGCCAACAGCUGGCCAACCCCAGGCGAGAUUGCAACUAAGGACAUGCAGGCGCCAAAGAAGAGCGUAAAUAAGAGGGAAUCAAAAGAGAAGCGAGACGAGGAAAGCAAGGAGAAUCAAAAGUCCAAGUCCGAUGACUCCACCGAAGAAAAAAACGGAGAUGAAGAAUCCCACAAAUCAAACCAGAGAAAGAAAGGAAACAAGCACAAAUGGGUUCCACUAAUGAUUGAUGCCAACACUGAGGGUCCUAGAGAGCGCUCUGCCUCCAGGAAUAACACCCGCCAGAAUGAACCUAAGAGGUUACCGUCAAGCCACAGGAAUGACCUGAAAGACUGGCACAGUGGGAAGUAUGAGCGAGAGUGGCGGGAUGACCACGAUGAAGUAUCCAGCGUGAAGAGUGAGGGAACUCCUUUCCGUGGGGGCUUCAGAGGACGUGGUCGGGGCAGGGGACGUGGUCGAGGACGGGGCAGGGGCGGAAGUCGAGGGCACUAUGAAUAUCCAUAUGGCUUUAAUCCCUAUGAUGGGAAAGGUGGAAUAUAUAGCCAAAGGUUCAAUAAUACAGUCACCUAUUACUAUGACAACAUGAGCAACACCGAUCUGUAUACAGUUGAUCAAGAGCUUCUUAAGGACUACAUCAAGAGACAAAUAGAAUACUACUUCAGCAUUGACAACCUGGAAAGGGACUUUUUCUUGCGAAGGAAGAUGGAUCAAAACGGCUUUUUACCUAUUGCCCUAAUUGCCAGCUUUCACCGUGUACAAGCCCUGACCACAGACCUCAGCCUAAUCCUUGAGGCAUUGAAAGACAGCAAGGAGGUCGAAAUAAUCGACAUGAGGAUCCGUCCACGGAUGGAACCAGAGAAGUGGCCACUGCCCAGCCUGUCUGUGUCAGACCAUAACCAGACAGACUUUUCCCAGCUCAUCAACUGCCCUGAGUUCAUUCCUCGCCAAGCAGCUGAACAGCAUGCAGGGUCUCCGAGGGUCUCGGCUCCAGUGCAGUCCAAGAGCGAGGAGAGCAAUCUAAAGAGCAUGCCCAAGGGGUUGUCAGCCAGCCUGCCUGACCUGGACUCAGAUUCAUGGAUUGAGGUGAAGAAGAGGCCCCGCCCAUCACCAGGAAAGCCUAAGAAGACGGAGGAGUCCCGGCAGCCCACGCAGGAUCAAGACGAGCCUGAGGAGUUGGACUUCAUGUUUGAUGAGGAGAUGCAGCAGAUGGACGGCCGCCGAAACACAUUCACCGACUGGUCAGACGAAGACUCGGACGGAGAGAUUGAUGACCGUGAUGUCAACAAGAUCCUCAUUGUGACCCAGACACCUCCUUACUUGCGCAAGCACCCUGGUGGGGACCGCACUGGAAACUAUGUCUCUCGGGCAAAACUCACCUCAGAGUUGGUAAAAGUAAUCAAUGAUGGACUGUACUACUAUGAGCAGGAUCUUUGGGACGAGUCAUAUGAGCCUGAGUAUGCCACAAUCAAGCAAGAAGUUGAGAAUUUCAAAAAGGUACACCUGAUAAGCAAGGAGCAGUUUGACUGCUUAACCCCUGAACCACCUGUGGACCCCAACCAGGAGGUUCCCCCUGGACCCCCUCGGCCACAGCAGAUCCCCACGGAUGCUUUGGCUAACAAACUCUUUGGUGCACCAGAACCCUCCUCCAUAGCUCGAUCCCUCCCUGCCACUGUGCCAGACUCGCCCAACUACCGCAAUGCGCGAACCCCCCGCACACCUCGUACCCCUCGCCUGAAGGACCCUACCCAGACACCUCGUUUUUAUCCAGUGGUAAAGGAUGGGCGGCCUGUCGAUAACAAGACACCACGCAAGAGGAAGACCCGACACAGCUCAAACCCUCCCGUGGAGUACCAUGUGGGCUGGGUGAUGGACUCCCGGGAACACCGGUCCCGCACAACUUCUGUCAGCUCAAAUGCAAGCCCCUCAGAAGGGACUCCAGCACUAGGAAACUACGGCUGUACACCACAAUCCUUCCCCAAGUUCCAACAUCCUUCCCAUGAGCUACUCAAGGAGAACGGUUUCACGCAACACGUCUACCACAAGUACAGACGGCGUUGCCUUAAUGAGCGCAAACGACUGGGCAUUGGUCAGUCACAGGAAAUGAACACACUCUUCCGCUUUUGGUCCUUCUUCUUACGGGAUAACUUCAACAGGAAGAUGUAUGAGGAAUUCCGACAGCUGGCAGUGGAAGACGGGAAAGAAGGCUACAGGUAUGGUCUGGAGUGUCUCUUCAGGUACUACAGUUAUGGACUGGAGAAGAAAUUUAGGCCAGAUAUUUUUAAGGACUUUCAGGAGGAGACCAUUAAGGAUUAUGAAGCUGGGCAGCUGUAUGGAUUGGAGAAAUUUUGGGCUUUCCUUAAGUACUCCAAAGCCAAAAACCUCACAAUUGAUCCUAAACUGCAGGAGUACUUAAGCAAAUUCAAACGACUUGAAGAUUUUAGAGUUGAUCCCCCAAUGGAGGACGGAGGCCGGAAGAGACACCCGUCAAGUGGCGAGGGACGGCGACACCAUGCCUCCCAACCUUCCAACAGACUUACUGUCCAGUCAAGCUCAAGUGUGGCUCCAACCCCACAGGGCCCCCCCAAAGCUAAUGCCAAAGCUACAGGCCUGAGAACCCUAUCAAGUGAGACCAAGCCACAGAAGUAACCCUGGCAGGGCCGGCUGCCCUAAUAACAUUUCCACUUCAGUCUUUGUUUCAGCCGCUGGGGGGGUCCAAGGAAAUCAUUUGUAAUGCUUGUGAUUGCCAGUUGGGGCUCUUCCUUUUAAAGACUUUGUUUUUAAAUGUCAUUUUAUUGUAGAGUAAGGACUGAAUGACUACUGAAAGGCUGAGGGUAUCAUUAUUUUCAUUUAUUCUCAAUCACGUCAUUUAUUCUUAAGUUUUUUUCAUUUUUGGACUGCUGGGGUUUUGAAAACCUAGCUGUUUUAAAAUGUCAUUUUUUUUCUCUUCUUCCCCACCCUGUUAUUUCUGGCUUGAAGACAUUAUCCUUCCUCAUAAUUGACCAGAAAUUUUUUUUUUUUUUUUUUUUUUUUUUUUUUUUUUUUUUUUGGGGAGACUGUUUGAACGUUGUGUACGUCACUGUUUUGGGGCUGGCUGGAAAAAAAAAAAGCUCAGGGGGGGAUAUAUACAGGAGAAAAUGAAGAAAUAAGUCUCAUAUUGAGCAGGAUUAGAGGAAAGUUGCCUUAUUUACUCUUAUUUGCUUCAUAUAUGCCUCUGACCUUUUAAUAUUGUUGUACAGCAUUUAAAUUUGCCAUAUGCAAAAAAAAUCUUAUGUUCCAAUGGGGAACCCCCCCCGCAGCCACAGCUACUCCAUCUUGUCUUCCAGUCUGACCUGUUACAAAUCUGUCCUUUGUGUUGGUAGUAGCUCAUGUUUUGGCCUCACUGGUACCCGCAGGGGCAGCCUGCUUUUAUCGCUGAACUACAGUGACUGGUGUUGCAAUUUCUAAAUACUUGAAAGAGAGACCACAGUACACCUUAAGUUGCUGGUGCUAUGAAAGAAUCUUCUUCCUGGAAAGAGGACCAUGCAGCCGGACAUUGACCUGAACCACACGUGGACGUCUCAUGACAUGUGAUCUUAAAGAGGAAAAGCUCCCUCACUACACUCACCACCUGUUUACCAUAACGGCUGCUGAGACUUAAUUAUUGGCUGUUUAAAUUCUGUGUAACCUCUCAGCUCCUUUCUUGUGACUGUAGGAUUUUUUUUAAAAAUGAAAAGCUGUGGGACAGAUGCUUUCCCUUUCCUGUGAGCCCAACACUCAAGCUUCACAGCUUAUACGGAGGUUCUGUCAAACAGGCACUUUUGAGGUGCCGCUGAUGUUCACGACAGCUGUGCAGACAUGAUCACGUAAGGGCAGUUUGGCUUUCCAUUUUAUUCAUUUGAGCCAAAGUUGAAGUGUUGUGGGUGACUCCUCUCAUGGCGAAUAUUGUGAACAAACUGCCCUGCAUGUAAUGAUCUUGUCAUGUUGGAAAACAUCCCUUGAAAGGGUCUUGUUUUUUGGGUUUAGAAGUUCGACCUUUUGUGGUGGGAGAUGGUGUGCAUUAAAUGAAUUUAUGGAAGACUUUCUUGAAACUCUGAGCCCAUACUCCUGUGUGAGGGUGGAUGAUGAUGCUCGUGUGCUUGGCUGAGGGAGACGUCCUUCAGGAGGCUGUUGGAGAUGCCGUGUCUCCUGGCUGCACGCUGCAGGGAUGGGCCCUGGGCACCUGCACGAGGGUUGAAGCUUUUCCCUGCGGACCUCGCACCUCACUUUCUCGGAUGUACGUGUAUGCGAGCCUGCAGUGCGCUGACGAAGGCAAACAUGGUACAAUUAAUCACUGUACACUCAUGGCUGGCAGAGGUCCUGCAUGGAGACAGAAGAGCAAAAAUUCCAUAAAGCCAUAUCAAUAAGAUUAUUGUAUUUGAUCCAGUACAUUGUUAGUUCACAAACCAUUCAAAUGUUCAACUUAAAAAAAAAAAAAAAAAAAUGCAAAUAGAGAAAAUGGGAAUGUAAAAUACUUGAAUGAGAUCUUGUAUGAUAACAUUUAAUAUUCAUUAUACCUGCUUUGAAAACUGAUGCGAUUUGCUGUUAGUGUCAUUUGUAAUUUGUAGUAAUUCUGCUUUUCC